GCAAAUAAUCGGACCAUCGAUCGACCGAAUCCGAGGAGCCCGAUUCUGCACUCGAAAUGAAAUUGGCACGAAAUUUGAAAGUUGGCGCGCGUCGCGGGCCGCGUUUGGAGGGAAUUCGGGGAUGGCAGUGAAAGGACGAACAAGAGCGAUGGCUCUCGUCGGGAACAGAAGUCAGUUUGGGUGGGGGGUCCAAGAAGGGACUGUCAAAUCGAUGAGGUAUGACAAAUCGAUGAGCUGAGCUCGGAAUCGGGCGACCAUUUUGUUCUCGCCUCAGAGCUGCAGAGCUGCGAUUUCGGCAACCAUGUCGCAGCAACAGUCUCUCUUCUCGUUUUAUUCUAGAGGAGGGGCUGCGGCGAAACCGAAAGCAAAUUCGCAUCGAUCGGAUUUUUCGGUUGUGAAGCAUGAACAACGUGAAGUCGCGGGUUGCAGAGAAGGGUAUCAUCUCGAGCAGGGAAGAAAGAAACUGGACUCUGCGUCGCAGGGGCAGAGUCUUUCGACGCAGAACGUCUUGCAGAGCAUAGAGGAAAGAUUUGUUCGUAGGGAGAAAGCCGUGAAGCCGAUUGGGAUCGUCACGACUGAGUCUAGAGAAACUAGCCUUGAUCCUACAGGAAACAAGCGCAUUCGUGAAACGGAGGAGAAAUUGGUGUGUCCAGUUCCGUCCAUUGCUCAAAAUCAGAAUUUGCAAAAGAGAAGAAAGCUUCUAGAGGCAUUGGGAGCGGAUGAUGGUGUCGAGACGACGGGAGCCUGGGCGGAAGCCAGAGCUAAGUUCGAAUGGAUGACGCCGUCGAAGAUUAGGGAUGCUGAAAAGAGGAGGCCCUGCCACCCUGCUUACGACGAGAGAACUCUUCACAUACCGCAUGAUGUUUUCCACAAGUUUUCUGCUUCUCAAAAGCAAUACUGGACAACCAAGUGCAAAUAUAUGGACACCUUGUUAUUUUUCAAAGUGGGUAAAUUUUAUGAGCUGUAUGAGCUCGAUGCUGAAGUAGGACACAAGGAGCUUGACUGGAAGCUGACUGUCAGUGGUGUAGGGAAAUGCAGACAGGUUGGUUGUCCAGAGAGCGGAAUUGAUGAUGCAAUUCAGAAGCUGGUCUCUCGAGGAUACAAAGUUGGUCGGAUGGAGCAGAUUGAAACGGCUGAACAAGCACGUGCGAAGAGAGGAGAUAAAGCUAUGGUGCAGCGAGAGCUUGUUCAGAUAAUCACUCCAUCUACAGUGAUGGAUGGAAACAUCAAACCAGAGGCUGUCCACCUCCUGGCUCUCAAAGAGGAGGUACGAGAAGCUACGAAUCCCAUUCCUGGGAAGGCAGACAAAUUGGUGAUAGCUAUUGGUUUCGCCUUUGUAGAUGCUGCUGCUGGCCGCUUCUACGUGGGGUCACUGUCUGAUGAUACCUCUCUCAUCAAUCUGAAGACGCUGCUCACCCAGGUUGCGCCUCAAGAGGUACUUUACGAAAGCGGAGGCAUAUCGAAGGAAUCUCUCCGAGCUCUGCGGAGGUUGUCUGCACCAGGUUUACUUCCUGUUACACUUACUCCUCUCCAACCUAGCUUGGAAUUUAUGGAAGCUGGUGACGCAAUCCGCAUGCUACGGUCAAAUCGUUACUUCACGGAUUCCUCGGACAAUAAUUGGCACACCGAAGGCGACGAUUCGUGGCCAACAGCACUGAAAUUGUCAGCAGAUAUUCCUCUGGCUACUUCCGCUCUGGGAGCUCUUGUUUCGCACUUGACCCGCAUGAAGUGUGAUGGUGAGCUUCUUCCAAACGGAUUUCUCUGCCCAUACGAAGUUUUUAAAGGCUCUCUGCGGUUGGAUGGACAAACUGUUUCCAAUUUAGAGCUUCUUGAAAAUAGAGACGACGGUGGAAAAGCAGGGACCCUUUUUAAUUAUCUUGACAGUUGUGUCACGGGUUUUGGUAAGCGACUGCUUCGUCGCUGGAUAUGCCAUCCUCUUCGGAAUAUUGGAGAUAUACAUUACAGAUUGGAUGCUGUUGAUGAGCUGAACUCCUGGCCAGAGAUGACGUGUUCUCUAAGAGCAGGUUUGAGGAAACUACCUGACUUAGAGCGGCUAAUUGCUCGAAUUCGGAAUCUCAGUUUUUCUCCUCUGGCAGGAAUACCAACUGCGGCAAAGAAAGUACAUCAGAGAAAGUUAAAAGCAUUUUGCUCAACAGUUCUUGGAGUGCGCGCAGCUGGAGAACUACUUCUUUUAAUCAACAAUUUACGUUCUGAUGGAAACAUAGAGUUGAAGUCCAAAUUUUUGCAGGCAGCUGCAGCACUACCAUAUCCAAAACCUGUUGAAGCUUGUCUGAAGGAACUGGAGUUGGGGAUAGAUGCGAGCUGUAAAACAUGCAGAUUAUCGAAAUCACAGGAGGGUAACUAUGUGGACGAUGAUGAGCAAGAAGACGAGUGGGAAGCAAGGAGACUGAGCCAGCUCAUUGAUAUGUUUAAUGAACACACCUCCUUUUGGGUGAAGCUUGUGGAUACAUUGGGCCAGCUAGAUGUGUUGAUAUCUUUCGCUUCAACAAUAAGUGCAGCAAAUGGUCCCACAUGCAGGCCUCAGUUGGUACCAAGUCCCUGUUUACCGAAAGGAGGCUCUGUCCUUCAUAUCGAAGGCCUAUGGCAUCCAUAUGCAUCAGGAGGUCAGGAUGGUGCUUUUGUACCUAAUGACAUUGAACUCGGCCCCGUUAACGCGUCAAGGAUUGCUCCGCAUGCUAUGCUACUAACUGGUCCAAAUAUGGGAGGCAAGUCAACUCUUCUUCGAGCUACAUGCUUGGCAGUAAUCAUGGCACAGUUGGGCUGCUACGUACCCGGUGAAGCAUGCAAAUUAUCACCUGUGGACACCAUCUUCACUAGAUUGGGUGCGAGUGAUCGCAUCAUGGCUGGGGAAAGCACCUUCAUGGUUGAGUGCAACGAAGCAGCUUCUGUUUUACAUCAUGCAACAAGUGACUCACUCGUAAUACUGGAUGAGCUGGGCCGAGGAACAUCCACUUUUGAUGGCUACGCAAUCGCUUAUGCUUCCAGUGUUCAUAGCGGUGCCGCAACCGCAAUACGCAAUACGCAAACCGCAAACCGCUGAAGAGCUGAGCACGCGCUUCCUCCUCGUGGUGUACUUCCGGAGGCGCUAGAAGCUCUUUCUUGGGUCGUGAACGUUUGUUAACUCUCCUUCUUUGCCGGUGUACGUCUGUUGGUGUGAGGGGAACGUCCACUUUCGGCCCCUGCUCUCGGUUCUCAACGGAAUUCGAAGUGUACAGCAUCUUUCUUGGCUUCGAGCUCUGUCGCAGAAACUUCAUCGGCCGUCUUUUGGAAACGAACGCAUGGAUGAUGGAGAAUAACCUCGAAGAUCAAGAAUACGGUCGGUCCCACCUUCAUGGUUCGGAUGACUCUAUAGCUGCUGCAUCGCCUGUCCAGCCAAGAGUUCGUGGAGUCUGUACCGCUAGCAUCUAAGACGAUUUCAUGCACAGCGAUGCAAUGCUUUUCAUCAGCUGUAGCAGCUGCAACACUUCUUGAUCAUACAGCAGAAGGACGGAAUUUGCACCGAAAGUUAGUCGGACGACGAGUUCAGUCAUACUCCCUCCCGCAGUGCGUACGAAGUAUGGUCCAGCUGAGCAGCAGACACUCGCACCCGAUUCACGAGUUUUGCCUAACCUCGAUGCGUAUCAGAGCGCAGCCCCCAAUCUCGACGCCUGCGAGGAGUCUGUACUUGAAAGAUGAACAUUGGAUGAACAUGUUGGAGUUUCAGCUAGUGGCUGGCAGAGGAGACAGAAUCAAGCAUGAAAUAGUGGAACUUCACCCGCCCUCUUACUCCUCGGCAGUGUAUGAAGAUAAAGAACCGCAGCUCCAAAAUACCAUUUUCUGACACUGCCCAGCGUUGUCUGUACUAUUCGCAUUCUUUGUCUCAGAUCUGGAACGUUGAAACAGAUCCCAGAUCUACUGACAGUCUGAGAGUUUCACCACCGUACCUCUGCAGAUUAAACUCUUCGACGCAAUGACAAACAUGUGACCUGCUGAUGGCUCGGAACCUCCAAACAAGUAGAAUGUCGAUGCAGUCAUUCGGAGUCCCUCGAAGCCACAAGAUACACCGAGACGAUCUGCGUGAAGGUCGUGGGAGCCGGCCUGCAAAUACAGUACGACUGUAUCGUUUCUCUCCACAGUCGUACGCAGGCAUACAAGUUAUAAGUCACGUGUGUAUCGAUUGGGGAAGAGUGGGCUAAUGUGAACCGGAGUGAAGUGAAGCUCUUAGCGUGUAGAAUCGAUCAGUCGGACCGGGUUUUUCCGGGCUAAGUUACAGGUAGUGGCACUGUGACCAGUGCGGGGUUUGGGAUGGGUUGGGCUGUUGCCAUUGUCUAGUGGCAGAUAGUCCCAGGACCAGUACCCGUACAGGCUACAUGUCUAUCGUUUGCCUGGAAAGUGCAAUUAGAAGUAGGUAAUUGUACUGUACUCACGAGAACUUUUCUGAAAGUUGUCCCCGGCCUUACCUCCAUUCAAUUGUGGAGCAAAGAGUCCGGCUCUUCAGAACGGAUUCUGCUACUCUAUGUGGCCUCUCUGUUUCCAGACUUUCCACUGUUUGUUCCUCUUCUAAGUGCCUGCCUGCCUGCCUGCCUGCCACCAGCUAGUUAGCUAGCGAGCGAGCAAGCGUCGGAAAAUCUCCAGACUGCAGUCACCACGAAGAAAUGAGAACCCAAGGGCCUCUGCUAUCUGAGCAAAGGCUCCAGAUCGAUACUCGCAUAUCGAGUUCUCGAUGUCCCUCGGAAUUUGGCUAGAACCGUGAACGCUUGAAUACAUGCGUUUUCGGAAUUUCGAAGCAGUAAACACUUGUUGCUCGAUUGUACUUUCGAAACGUCGAUCCUGUUAAUAGGAGGAGGAGGAGGAGGAGGUCGAGACCGAGUCAUCCUCGAGACAAGUUGUUCGGUCCAGUGGGAAACUUGGACUCGGACAUCCGAGCACGCCCGCCGCUAGAUCAGCGAGCGACGUCGAGCGAGCUUCGUCGCAUGAUCGAUGGCGUGAUCUUCGUGUUCACUGAGGCCUCGGACGGACGAGUUUUUGCUGCUAAACGAACCUCUUAAAGCUCGUACGCUAGUUAGGGAGUUUGCACUAGGUGAGGAGAGAACAAAAUCAGAGACACUGACCAAUGGUACUGAAUUCUCGACUUCUUCAUACUCAUGCUCUCUACUCGGUGACUGGUAGUUUGUGGAGAAGAUCGCAGGAACCACUGACAAGGACAUACAUACUGCGAAAUCCUUGGGGUUAAUUGAACGAGUUUUUUGCGCGGGACUUGAGACAGGGAGACAAACUCAAGGAGUCUGGGGUCCACAGAUGCAGUACACACCUCAACCAGCAUGCUCUCAGUGUCUCCACAACUGCCUCCUCCUUCUAUCUAUGGCUCGACUCUGAGAGUCUGUGCAGAUCUCCAGUAUUCUUGGAAUCGAACCGGCAAAGCAGUGGGCACCAUCUGUCAAUCUGUUCACCGCAGAUGCUGACAAACAGAUUGGUUGGAACAUGGAAGGCAGAGCUGGGCUCUGUCUGUCUUAGCUUAGAAGAAGAGUUAGAUAAGAGCGCAGCCGCACCGAACUGAGGCUCGGAUUUAGCUUGGAUCCACACUCCUUGGCUUUUACAUAAACAGAAAGAGAAAAGAGGAAACUGAGACCUCGCUUUCUCGAGCAGCAGCAGCCCGCACACCUACUUCAGGUCUAAGAUUGGGCUUGUGUAAGAAUCAGAAAGCUUGUCCUACGAGAAAGGACUCUUGGAUCUGCCACCGUGUGCCAACCGAACUGAGCGUCUGUAGAAGGAGAUCGCAGGCACGACAUUGUACGAUCGAGUGUUUCAUACAUCACGGGCUAUUCUAGUGCACCCUGCGACAAACGACUCGAGGUAUGGAUUGGCAAGCUGCUGCUCGAGGCCAGCUGGUCUCACGACGAGUCGCCUGGGUGGGGUGGGGUGGGGUGAAUAUCGCUGAACAUGUGAUUCGUGGCCAGCGUAAUCUCGUUAUCAGUGAACCUACGAUGUCUUCAUUCCCAGAUACUGCUGACAAAAGACAAUCAGAACCUCAAGAGAGGGGAGGGUUGAUACAGAGAGCAAGUACAGACAGAGAGAGAAUGAGGUGAGGCUCUUGUAGUUUGAAGAUGUCUACAUUGGCGGACCUCCUGGCGUGUAGUUCUUCUUUCAUUCAGCUCGAGUGCAAGCACAGAGUCUACUGGGUUUGAACUUCGCAGCUCACUCACAUGACGCUCCUCAAUUGAAUAGAAUCUCGGCGACCUCGAUUCGUUCACUCUGCAGCUUAGGAUCAGAGACCACAUUCAUGGCGAUUUUGCUUUGACCGACGCAUGUAGCAGUUCUCUAGAUUCACCCCCAUCCUUCCCUUGUCGACUAUAUACACCGAUUGUGUCUGACCAUGGGCACUGAGCCAGCCAUUUGGGCUGUUGAUUGGUGUAAUUGUAGCCAGCGAAAAGAAUUGGAUCCGUUUUCUUUCUCAUUCACCGAAUAUACUUCUGGGAACCAGCUGGACUACUGAGCAGCGAACGACAGAGGGAUUCCAUGGGGGAAAUACGGAUUUGUUGCAGCAGGCUAAUCCUUCAGUAGCACGAGGUAUUAUCAGACGUGACAACUUUAACCCAUGGGGGCUUCUUUGGUACAAGUUCACCAUUCAUAAUAUAUCAUAUUGAUCUGGAAUUGCCCACUUUCAGGCUUUUCACUGUCUGACUCCCUCGCUCCUGUAGAAUGUGGUACCGGGCAGUCUGGGCCACUCGAGCCGACCAUCCGAUGCAGCUUUGAGAGCUUGAACGUGAAAACGUUUCCAAUUCGUAUAAAGCUGCAGCCCUUUCCACGCCUGGAGAAGCGAGCACCAACUCCCCCGAUGGAUGGAUGGAUGGAUGGAUGGGCCGUGCCUCAGGUCUCACAAUACCAACGACAGAGGAAGAAGAAGAGAAGCUCAGCACCAACCCAACCCAACCCAAUCCAUCCCUCCCUAACUCGGGUUAAGGUUGUACAAAACCCAACCACAAUGAGAUGGUGACCAGUCCAGCCCAUUCCAUUCCAUUCCAUGAAGUGGAACUUGGUCAGAAGUCGAGAGGAGGAGUGAGGGACUGAAUGGAUCUGGCCUCGGAAUUCGUCACAAAUGGACAAGGGACUUGGCAGCAGCGAUGCUGCCGAGGUUGUCACACGAGCCGAAAGUCGACUGCUAAAAGGUGCUGCGCCUUGACCUUCACCGUCAUGACCUUGGCAUGACACGAAAUGUCUUCGGGAUGAGGUAGGAAGGUCGCCCAUGUCCCGUCCCGAGCACAGAAAGUACAUGAGCACGGCACGACCAAAGCUUUGACGCCAACCACCGAAGCAGCUUCUCCACAGAAUGCAGUCAAGUGAAGUGACUGACUGGGGAAUUGGUCCCAAUUGGGUCUAUUUCUCUCCUUCUCCAUCCAUCGUUCCAUCAAUUCGUGACCCACCCUACCCUUCGCAUCGCCUGCACAAUGCAAAUUGCGUGGUUCCCGAUUGGGGGAGAUCAAACCGACUCGAAGGUAGCCCCUUUAUUAAUCGGUGGUACUUUUGUCGCGACUAACUAACACACCACUGCAUUGAACUGCCAUCUCCUCGUGAGUAGAUAGAGCUUUCUGCUGUGCUGUGGUUCGGUUCAGACUCCAGACGAUAAAUGGGCGCAGCAGAAUACAUUCAGCUGCUGUGCACAUUCUUCCAUCUUUCAGUUCAAUUUGGGUACGAUUUGGGCACCUCUAGCUUCCACAAAUGGCUUGCCCUGCCCUCCCUGUGCACUUGUAGUCAAUCCACCAACCAGCUCAUAAAUCAAUCGCUUGCACAAUCACAAAC